AUGUGUGACACGUUUGGCAUCGAGGAUAGAUUUGACCCACCCAUCCUCGUAUCAACCAUUCAUGAGCCAGCAAAAGACCCCAGAAUCCCGCCUUGGGUGCCCUCACGGGGCACUAAAAUCAGAGUUGACUCUGUUGAUCCCAAUCAAGGCCGCUGCCUCAUCGAAAACUGCCUAAAGUUUCGGGAGGUUGAAUACUGCCAUGUUAUACCACGAAGCUUUACAAAGUUCACCGACAAUAUGACAAAUCUUGAGUGGUACUGGGGGCUGAGACAUUCAACCCUGGACCUGGAUACGAGGCGUAAUAUUUUGCUCGCUGGAUCUUCUCUGCACGGCCUUCAUGACAAUCACCGUUGGGGGUUGCUGCCACCCGACGAUAUAAUCAACAAGUAUGCGAACAACAUUGACGAAGAGGAGCACUAUCAAAGGGGGUCUGUUGAAGUCCCCGACAGGGUCUUCUCAUACCGACUCAUCCCGCUUCAUCCAGGCAUGGAAACCAUUGGCAUUCACCGCCAGCUGGGACACGAGCCCGACAACCUUACUUUCACAACACAUGUAUUUCCGUUCGACCAGCUGCCACCCCUUCAAUGCCAUAUCCACCCAAAAUUUGCAAUCUACGAGUUUGGCUCAAAACUUGUCGGGCUCGCCGCUGAGAUGCGGGCUGAGCUUUUCGAACGUUGGCCAAUUCUUGACAAAAUUGCCCUUAUCUACAGGGCGUGGGACGCGCCCCCGACAGAGGAUAUUUCAAAAUGGCUGAUGGACAUCCCGGACUCAAAAGGUGACUCCAGUGACGAUGAUGAAUAUCCCCCACAAGGUAUGAAGCGACGCAGAGGCUCAAGCAUUCACAUACCUCAGUGUAAACUGUCUGGUACUCCCAGACGGAUAGAAACUACACCCCCCCCGUACUCCCAGGGCAAGCUGGACCCGGCCGGGAUAUAUCUGUCCCUGGUGCACCCAGGUGAGCUGGAGUAUAUCUGUUCUGAGACUCCCAGUUCCAGUAAACUUUAUCCUGCGGAAAAUUCCAGGGUGGGAUAA